AUGCGCUCCAAUGGGUUGACAAGAAAACCGACAUCACGACGUCACUUUGCUCUGUUACCUCACACUGCAAAGUUGAAGCAUCAGAUCGAUGACUCGGCGACGACUAAAUUCUCAUCUAUCCACAAAAUGGUCGAAAAGUCAGCGGGUAUCUCGCAAGCACGGUGCAAGAAGCGCGUCGAUAUCGACGAGCUUGGCAAAACUGACAAUCGGAAGCUUGAGGAGCGAGUCCUGAACCCUAGAGUUCAGAUACUGGGACUCGAUGCCUCGCAUCUCUUGCUCAUGCCAUCAAAUGCUGGCCCGGAUCUGGUUGAGCACUGA